AUGACUCACACCUGGGAUCCAAAGUCGGCACCACUUACCACUGCCGAAGAAGAGCUCCUAACUGGGAGCAAGGCGGUGUCUAAGCUCAGUCAAUCACAAUUGGACUCAUUCAAUGCCUGGGUAGGAUCUAAGAAUCCAGGAGUACUCGAGGCAAAGUCCUGGAUCACAAGAGGGAACGAUCUCUAUUACAACACCUUCUCUUACUCCGAGCUAGUUCUAAUGAUAAAGCGGGCCAAAUACCUCUACAGUAAUGAGGGCAAUAUCGAGGACAAGGUCGACUUUAUCAUACGAAAGCCAGGCCUCGGCUUACCUCUUGGCCACAUGCCUGACCAAAAGGACCGUUUCCCUUUGCUGUUCAUGGAGGAUAAUUACGAGAAUGGCUGGCGAGCUGCCACCUUACUUAUCCGCGAGAGUUGCAUGCUUAAGCUUAUCAAUGAGCUCUCUGAUAAGCCGGAGUGGUGGCGUAAAGUUAAAGACGAAGCUAUCUCCAGCAAGUGGAAGAAAGAGGCGUUGGAAAUGGACUGGACUUCUUAUCGGAAGCACGCUGACUUUACCUCCGCUAUGGCCGAUGCAUGCAUCAGUGAGCUGCGAAACAAAGCAGAACUAUACGAGAAGGCCGGUUUAAUGCCUGUUUACGACUAUACAACCACAGUUAUCAAAUCGGACAGUUUACUGACACCUGACCUGGCCAAAGCUCUCCAGGAGGGCGUGAAGCCAUUGGAAGACGUCCCCUCAGAGUUGAAAGACUGGCAUCCCAACUCCAAAGAGCAAGUCCUGGAUCUUGUGCAUCCUUCGCUGUGGCCAUUGAUCUAUGGUCGCUCCAGGGUCCUCAAUGACAGAGUCAUUGAAGUCGAUAAUGCCCUUGCUUCCUGUGGUACCGGCGUCGUACCGCGCGCACCGGGGUCCGAGCAGACAACGCACAUCAUCGGAGAAGGCGGCUUCUGUGAGGACGAGGUCGUGGUGCUGUCAAACAAGUUCCAGUGGUUGCCAUGCGAUGUUGACCUUGACCCUGAGACAGGCAAAGCCAAGAUUGCGAGUUACAUUAACAAUCUCCAUCCACAAGAACAUGCCCAUCUCUAUCCCAUCAUUGAAAAGUUCAUCGAAAAGUCACUACCAGCUUGGGACAUCAUCUACGACUGGGAAAACACCUUUUCUGUGCAGCGCCUCACAACCACUGAGGCUGAAUAUGAUGAGUGCCCCUGCCCUGAUCUCUGUGACAUUGAGGACGGCUAUGGCUGCACUCCAUGGAGACGUCCUAUUGGUGAGGGUGAAGAGCCUAGAUAUGACGUCGACUCAUGGGAAGAAAUGCUGGCAGAUGGUGAGGAAGAUGAUUGUGAGCCAGAUUAUUACGAACUGGGUGCAGAGAAGGCAGAGGAUUAUAAGACGAAUCCGGAACGCAGAAACCUGGAUGACGCUUGGUUUGCAUCAACGCAUUCUGCCAAGCUCCCCGACGCCGACCCAAGCGCAAAGGACCAUAUGAGGAUUCAACCUUCAGAUGUGAAAGCGAAUGGGUUCUUCAACAGUAGCAGUCAAAUUCAGGUUAUUGUCAAGCUUGCUAAUAUUCACCUGACGCCUGAGAAGCCCGUCUACAAUGGUGGUUCGUGGCAUACAGAAGGCCUGCUAAACGAGCAUAUUGUCAGCACGGCUCUUUACUACUACGACAGCGAGAAUAUUACUGAUUGCACUUUGGACUUCCGGACCUGCGCUGAUAAGGAAGACUUGGCUGCCGAGAUCUCCUAUGAGCAAUACAGGCAUGAUCCAAUUGAGCGAACUUUUGAUAUUACUCUGGGAGGGAGCAUCUUCCAGGAUAUUGGUUCUGUUCUUACCAAAGCUGGCAGGGCACUAUUCUUUCCCAAUGUCUUGCAACAUCAUGUUUCGCAAUUCAGACUCGCCGAUCCUACCAAACCCGGUCAUAGAAAGAUUCUCGCGUUGUUCCUUGUCGACCCAGCGAUCCCCAUCGUCAGUGCUUCCAACGUACCGCCGCAGCAGAAGCACUGGUGGACAACUCAUUCAGGGUUGGAAUCCGGAUGUGGCAUAAUGCCACCUGAGUUAAUUGAAAAAGGUGGUUGA